GUGGUGGACCGAUGGCGCGCGACUUAUAGGGCCAUAGCCCAAUGGUCUUAGAGCUGGGCGGAGUCCCGAGGAGCCGGGCUUGCCUGAAGUUGAGCAAUGGAACCCCGCAUUUCCGUCCACGUGGGAAGCGGAUCCGCGCACACCCGGCUUCAACCAAAAGUGCUGGAGCUGUUCCUCGACACAGUGAUGGGGCCGGCCCCUGUCGGAGCGCAGUUGCGCCGAGCAGCGGGGGAGAGGGAGGUGAUGGAGCCAGCUCUAGAAGGCACAGGUGAGGAGGAGAAGAAGGCAUCCUCAAGGAAGCACACAAUGGCUGGGUCUCCAGUGAAAGGCCUCCUGCAGCCUAUGAAGCUCAGCCAGGCAGAGCUGUACAAGGAGCCUACCAAUGAGGAGCUGAAUCACCUUCGGGAGACUGAGAUCCUGUUCCAUUCCAGCCUGCUUCGUUUACAAGUUGAGGAGCUACUGAAGGAAGUGAGGCUGUCGGAAAAGAAAAAGGAACGGAUUGAUGCCUUUCUCCAGGAGGUCAACCAGAGGAUAUUGAGAGUGCCAUCAACCCCUGAGACAGAGUUGACAGACCAAGAAUGGCUCCCGGCAGGGGUUCGAGUCCCCCUCCACCAAGUGCCCUUUACUGUAAAGGGCUGUUUCCGCUUCUUGCCCCCAGCCCACAUUACCAUUGUGGGCAGCUACCUUCUGGGCACCUGCAUCCGGCCAGACAUCAACGUGGAUGUGGCACUGACAAUGCCCAGGGAGAUCCUACAGGACAAAGAUGGGCUGAACCAGCGCUACUUCCGCAAGCGUGCUCUCUAUCUGGCCCACUUGGCUCACCACCUGGCCCAGGACCCCCUCUUUGGCAGUGUUCGCUUCUCCUACACCAAUGGCUGCCACCUGAAACCUUUGCUGUUGCUGCGGCCGUGUGGGAAGGAUGGGCAUCUGGUCACUGUACAUCUGCAUCCUUGCCCCCCGCCUGGCUUCUUCCGUCCCUGCCGCCUGCUGCCAACCAAGAACAAUGUGCGCUCGGCCUGGUACCGAGGGCAGGGUCUUCCUGGGGAUGGUAGCCCAGAGCCCCCGACCCCCCACUACAACACAUGGGUCCUGCAGGACAUGGUCCUCGAGUCGCACAUGCAGCUGCUGUCAUCUGUGCUGGGCUCUGCCCCAGGGCCAAAAGAUGGCGUAGCACUUCUGAAGGUCUGGCUGAGGCAGCGGGAGCUAGAUAAGGGCCUGGGUGGAUUCAGUGGGUUCCUGGUCUCCAUGCUGGUUGCUUUCCUAAUGUCCACACGCAAGAUCCAUACCACCAUGAGCGGCUACCAGGUCCUGAGAAGCGUCUUGCAGUUUCUGGCCACCACAGAUCUGACAGUCAAUGGCAUCAGUUUAUGUCACAGCUCAGAUCCCUCCUUGCCGGCCCUGGCUGACUUCCACCAGGCCUUCUCUGUUGUCUUCCUGGACUCCUCAGGCCAUCUCAACCUUUGUGCUGAUGUCACUGCUGCCACUUACCAUCAGAUGCAGCACGAAGCACGGCUGUCCAUGGCAUUACUGGACAGCAAGGCUGAUGAUGGUUUCCAGCUGCUGUUGAUGACUCCCAAACCCAUGAUCCGGGCUUUCGACCAUAUCCUGCAUCUUCGCCCACUGAGCCGCCUGCAGGCAGCAUGUCACCGGCUGAAGCUGUGGCCAGAGCUGCAAGACCUCGGCGGAGACUAUGUCUCAGCUGCUCUGGGUCCACUAACCACCCUGCUGGAGCAGGGUCUGGGGUCCCGGCUGCACCUGAUGGCCCACUCUCGGCCCCCAGUCCCAGAGUGGGAAAUCGGCCAAGAUCCACCAAAGCACAAAGACUCUGGGGCCCUGACCCUGGGAUUGCUUCUCCGGACUGAAGGGCUGACCAGUGUCCUCGAGAUGGGUCCAGAGGCCGACCAGCCUGAGGCUGCUGACUUCCGCCAGUUCUGGGGAUCCUGCUCAGAGCUCCGGCGUUUCAAGGAUGGAGCCAUUCGGGAAGCCGUGGUCUGGGAGGCUGCCUCUAUGGCCCAGAAGCGCCUUAUUCCCCACCAGGUGGUCACCCACCUCCUGGCACUCCAUGCUGACAUCCCAGAUACCUGUAUUCACUACGUGGGGGGCCUCCUGGAUGCACUGAUUCAAGGCCUGAAGGAGACCAGCACAGGUGAGGAGGCCCUAGCAGCUGCAGUGCGUUGCUAUGAUGACCUGAGCCGCCUGCUGUGGGGGCUAGAGGGUCUUCCACUGACUGUAUCUGCCGUGCAGGGAGCUCACCCAGUGCUGCGUUACACGGAGGUCUUCCCACCAACCCCAGUCCGGCCAGCCUACUCCUUCUAUGAGCACCUGCGAGAUCGGGCCUCACUGUUGCCCCGGCCUGACAAGCCCUGCCCAGCCUAUGUGGAGCCCAUGACUGUGGUGUGUCACCUGGAGGGAAGUGGUCAGUGGCCACAGGAUGCUGAAGCUGUGCGGCGGGUCCGAGCCGCCUUCCAGCUGCGCCUGGCAGAGCUGCUGUCACAGCAGCAUGGGCUGCAGUGCCGUGCCACAGCCACACACACAGAUGUCCUCAAGGAUGGGUUCGUGUUCCGGGUACGUGUGGCCUAUCAGAAAGAGCCCCAGAUCCUAAGGGAGAUGCGGAGCCCCGAGGGGAUGAUCUCACUGAGGGACACUCCUGCCUCCCUGCGCCUCGAGAGGGACACCAGGCAGUUGCCCCUGCUCACCAGUGCCCUGCACGGACUCCAGCAGCAGCACCCAGCCUUCUCAGGUGUGGCUCGACUGGCCAAGCGGUGGGUUCGUGCCCAGCUUCUGGGUGAAGGGCUCACCGACGAGAGCCUGGACCUGCUGGCUGCUGCCCUUUUCCUGCACCCUGAGCCCUUCACCCCUCCCAGCUCCCCCCAGGUUGGCUUCCUUCGGUUUCUCUUCCUGGUAUCAACCUUUGAUUGGAAGAACAAUCCCCUCAUUGUCAAUCUCAACAAUGAACUUACUGCGGAGGAGCAGGUGGAGAUCCGCAAUGGCUUCGUGGCAGCUCGGACACACCUCCCUGUCAUGGUCAUUGUUACCCCCCAGGACCACAGAAGCUCUGUGUGGACUCAGAGUGGACCCUCGGCCCAGAUCCUACAACGGCUUGUCGUCUUGGCAGCUGAGGCUCUGCCCAUCCUGGAGAAGCAGCUGAUGGAUCCCUGGGGACCUGGGGACAUCAGGACAGUGUUUCGGCCACCCUUGGACAUAUAUGAUGUGCUGAUCCGUCUGUCUCCUCGCCACAUCCCCCGGCACCGCCAGGCCGUGGACUCGCCAGCCACCUCCUUCUGCCGCGGCCUGCUCAGUGAGCCUGGGCCCUCACCCCUCAUGCCUGUGCUGGGCUACGAUCCUCCCCAGAUCUAUCUGGCGCAGCUCAGGGAAGCCUUCGGGGAUCUGGCCCUUUUCUUUUAUGACCAGCAUGGCGGAGAAGUGAUCGGUGUCCUCUGGAAGCCCACCAGCUUCCAGCCCCAGCCCUUCAAGGCCUCCAACACAAAGGGGCGCAUGGUGGUGUCUCAAGUUGGGGAGCUGAUGAUGGUGCCCAAUGUAGAAGCAAUCCUGGAGGACUUUGCCGUGCUGGGUGAAGGCCUGGUGCAGGCUGUGGAGGCUCGAAGUGAGAGGUGGACUGUGUGAUCUCCAGCCCCAAGAAGCAAACUAUAAAUGGACAGGAGCACUUCACACCUUUGGGACAAGAGAUCAGUGAAGUGACGUCCACUCUCACUGCAUAUGGACUUUCGUGGAGGACCUGCUGGCUUGAACAUAGUUGUCCCCGACAAAAGCCCUGCCCCGGUUUUCUGUCUGAUCCCUCAAGGGUCUGCCCCAGCAUUGGGGCAGGGACCAUAGUGUCCUCUGGAGUCCCCUGGGCCUGACAGCCUGACUGACAGCCUAAACCUUCAGAAAAGGAAUGGGGACCAGCUCCGAAGGAACUGAAUCCAGGAAAUCCAUCUACCGUCACUUUGUGCCUGGGCCAUUUUUUUCCUCCAGUGCUGCCCCCAGAAGCAGUUGGGAAAGAGGCCAAGUGCUCAGGGCUGAGGCUUUGUCCCCUUCCCUCUGCAAGGAGCAUGCCUAGACUUCAGCGUGCCCACCUUCAGUGCAGCAUCAGGCCCUUAGAUGGGAACCAGAGAAAGUGUGGCAUUUCUUGGGGGUCACAGAACACAACAUUGAGCAGUGCCAGUGCAAAGGGGGCUGUGUGUGUAUGAAUAGACCACGUUGAAGGGGCACAGUGCCCUCCUGCUUUGGUGCUGCUUCUUCCAAGGUUGGAGACAGUAGAACGGGACAGAACAGGAAGGGGUCGGAGGACUGGUGGUCUUGGCUACUUGGAUCUCCUAGUCCAGGAGAGAGGUGCAGAAAGCACUGGGUGCCACUUUGGUCUCUUUGGAGACUCUCUGGCUCUGCGUAUGUACCCCCAGCCUGGUCUGCCCCCACUGUAUACCUGUGUUGUGGCUGCAGAGAUGAGUGAGACCCACUUGCUGCUCUCCAGCCUCUUUUCUAGCAGCCUCUCCCAGUUCCUUUUUCCUCCUAAUCCUGGCUGUGUUCCAUUCUCUGCUCACAUAGUGCCUCCUCAGACUCUUCUCUUCACUGGAGGUGACCUUGACUUCUGAACUCGGAGAGCAAAUACAGUCUGUUCCGUUCACUCUGCAGACAUAUACAGUGGUGAGAGCUCCUCUGUAGCUGUGUUGAAUUUUGAUUUAAAAUUAAAUUUCUUAAUUUUCCCUGUC